CCGAGAAUAAAGCUCACAACGCUACCUGCCCAGCGCGCUGAGUGGAGGGAGGUGAAGACCAGGCUGAGGAGCAGGGCGGCCCUCGGGGCGGAGAUGUAUUUCGAUGACUUCUAUUUCUUGGCAUGAAGAGUCAUCACCGGGCCAACUUUUGGCUGAGGCUGGCAAGAUGGCGUCGGUGUUUCGCAGUGAGGACAUGUGUCUGUCGCAGCUGUUUCUGCAGGUGGAGGCUGCGUACUGCUGCGUGGCGGAGCUGGGAGAGCUUGGACUGGUUCAGUUCAAAGAUUUAAAUGUGAACGUAAACAGUUUCCAGAGGAAAUUUGUGAAUGAAGUCCGGCGGUGUGAGUCUCUGGAACGCAUCCUGCAUUUUCUAGAAGAUGAGAUGAAAAAUGAGAUUGUCAUCCAGUUGCCCGAGAAGUACCCGGAGACCCCUCUCCCUCGGGAGAUGAUCACCCUGGAGACUAUUCUAGAAAAACUGGAAGGCGAGUUACAGGAAGCCAACCAGAACCAACAGGCAUUGAAGAAGACCUUCCUAGAACUGACAGAACUGAAAUACCUCCUGAAGAAAACCCAGGACUUCUUUGAGACAGAAACUAAUUUAGCUGAAGAUUUCUUUACUGAAGACACUUCGGGUCUCUUGGAGUUAAGAACCAUACCCACGUUCAUGACUGGAAAGUUGGGGUUCACAGCUGGUGUGAUAAACAGGGAGAGGAUGGCUUCCUUUGAGAGGCUGCUCUGGCGAGUUUGCCGGGGAAAUGUCUACCUGAAGUUCAGUGAGAUGGACACGCCACUGGAGGAUCCCAUCACGAAAGAAGAAAUUAAGAAGAAUAUAUUCAUCAUAUUUUACCAAGGAGAGCAGCUCAGGCAAAAAAUCAAGAAGAUCUGUGAUGGGUUUCGGGCCACCAUCUACCCCUGUCCAGAGCCUGCAGCGGAGCGCAGGGAGAUGCUGGCUGAAGUCAAUGCGAGGCUGGAAGAUUUAAUCACCGUCAUCACGCAAACGGAAUCUCACCGUCAGCGGCUGCUGCAGGAAGCAGCUGCCAGCUGGCACGCCUGGCUCACCAAGGUGCAGAAGAUGAAGGCCAUUUACCACAUUCUCAACAUGUGCAACAUCGACGUCACCCAGCAGUGCGUCAUCGCCGAGAUCUGGUUCCCAGUGGCCGACACAGGGCGCAUCAAGAGGGCCUUGGAGCAGGGCAUGGAACGUAGCGGCUCCUCCAUGGUCCCCAUCUUGACUGAAGUGGAAUCUAAAACAGCUCCCCCCACCUUUAACAGGACCAAUAAAUUCACAGCCGGCUUCCAGAACAUUGUGGAUGCAUAUGGCGUGGGCAGCUACCGGGAGAUCAAUCCAGCUCCCUACACCAUCAUCACCUUCCCCUUCCUGUUCGCGGUGAUGUUCGGAGACUGCGGGCACGGGGUGGUCAUGCUGCUGGCCGCGCUGUGGAUGGUGAUCAAUGAGAGAAGCUUGCUGGCCCAGAAGAGCAGCAGCGAGGUGGGUGCGGCCCGGGCUCCUGGGGGCAACGUAUUAAGUGGUGCGUGUGCUCUGCCAGCGGAACAAGUUUUCAUGGAAAGACUAAGGGAGCUGGUGCUAGCGGCUCACGGCUGUAAUCUUCGCUACACUGGGACUCACACUCGUACUCAUGUACUGGAAGCAAAUAGCUACUUACAGCUGAACCCAACCAUCCCUGGAGUGUAUUCUGGAAAUCCAUACCCAUUUGGGAUUGAUCCGAUUUGGAACCUGGCUUCAAACAAACUCACCUUUUUGAACUCUUACAAAAUGAAGAUGUCGGUUAUCCUUGGGAUUGUGCAGAUGAUCUUUGGCGUUGUUCUCAGCCUCUUCAAUCACAUAUUCUUCAGGAAAAUAAUGAACAUCCUUCUGCAGUUCAUCCCGGAGAUGAUUUUUAUCCUGAGCCUGUUCGGAUACCUGGUGUUCAUGAUCAUUUUCAAAUGGUGCCAGUACGAUGCCCACGUGUCCCAGUAUGCCCCCAGCAUCCUCAUCCACUUCAUCAACAUGUUUCUGUUUGACUAUGACGACCCCUCCAACGCACCCCUGUAUAGCCAUCAGCAAGAAGUCCAGACCUUCUUUGUGGUGAUGGCCUUGCUUGCCGUGCCCUGGAUGCUGCUCAUCAAGCCCUUCGUGCUCAGAGCCAGGCACCGGAGGUCUCAGCUGCAGUCCUUCACACUCCACUCAAAUGCCACAGAUGACAUGGAGGGUGGCCAUGCCAGCCCGUCUGCUCAGAAGCCUUCUGCAGCAGCCCAUGGUGCCCAGGAUGACCAUGAAGAAGAGUUCAACUUUGGGGACGUCUUUGUCCAUCAGGCCAUCCACACCAUCGAGUACUGCCUGGGCUGCAUUUCCAACACGGCCUCCUACCUCCGGCUCUGGGCCCUGAGCUUGGCGCAUGCGCAACUGUCUGAAGUGCUCUGGACCAUGGUGAUGAACAUUGGCCUGCGCGUGCGCGGCUGGGGAGGGAUCAUCGGCGUCUUCGUCAUUUUUGCUGUGUUCGCUGUUCUCACAGUGGCCAUCCUGCUGGUCAUGGAGGGCCUGUCCGCCUUCCUGCACGCCCUGCGGCUCCACUGGGUGGAGUUCCAGAACAAGUUCUAUGCUGGGGCUGGGUACAAGUUUUCUCCCUUCUCCUUUAAGCAUAUUCUGGAAGAGACGUCCGAGGAGUAGGCCUGGCUUUGAAUGUCUGUACGUCGUGGUGCCAGCAAAAGAAGUUCAGUCUUGUCUCUGAUGUCAGGCCUGGCAAGGCUGUCCCAUGGAAGAAUUAUUCUUGGCUCCCUGAAGUGUGGGGCUAUGUAUUUGUUGGUCCUAAGCCUUGGGAUUUGAUAUGACUUAACCCGGCCACAGAGGAGCUGCUACUUUUGGCAAAUCAUUUUGACUUCGUUCUCAAAUAAUAAAAUGAUUGGAAAAAUGA